AUGGACAUGGCGCCUGACAGAAGACAGUCGCAAAGCAUGUUCCAGCAUGACAAGGAGUCCUUCAAGGAAUAUGCUCAGAGAUGGAGGGAACUGGCUUCUCAAGUUGAACCACCUCUAGCUGAGAAGGAAUUGGCUGAACUAUUUAUCGAUACUGUCCAACCCCAAUUCUAUGAGAAGAUGGUUGGAAGUACUUCAUUGGGAUUCUCCGAGCUUGUUGCUAUAGGGGCUCGUGUCGAAUAUGGUUUGAGAAAUGGAAAACUUGCGGCUGUAGCUGGAAAUUCAAAUGCUAAUCCAAAGAAGUUCUUUGGAGGGUUUCCUAGAAAGAAGGAAGGUGAAGCAAAUGCUGUGACUAUUGGCCAAGGAAGAGCCUCUCUAAGAAGGAAGCCAAAACAAUAUUCACCAGAGCAGUAUGUUCAACAACCCUUUCCCUACCAGCAACCCAUGUAUCCCGUUCAGUACGCCCCGCAACCGUACAUAGUUGUUGUGACGCCCGCAUUCAAUCAACAACCUCCUCAGGCUUAUCAAGUGCCUCCGGUUUAUAGACCGACUCCAGUUCAGCAACGUGCUGCGGUUCCUCCAGCUUGUCAACAAGCACCAGCAGCUCCUGUUUAUCAACAGCCGAGAGCUCAAGCUCCAAGGCAAAAUGCUCAAAACAAGAAUAGGAGGCAAGGGGAUAGGGCGACCUUCAAUCAAAUCCCAAUGUCGUACACUGAGCUUUAUCCCUCCCUGUUGCAAAAGGGUUUGGUGGUUCCCAGACUUAUGGGACCUCCACCUGGUCGUCUUCCUCCAUGGUACAACCCUAAUGCACAUUGUCCUUUUCAUGAAGGUGCCCCCAAGCAUGACCUAGAGGGUUUCUAUGCUUUGAAGCAUAGGGUUUGUGAACUGAUUGAAAGCAAGAUCCUGUCUUUUAAAGAUAUGGGACCAAAUUUGAAGAUCAAUCCUCUUCCUCCUCAUGGAGAUCCUGCAGUAAACGCCAUUGAAGAUGCCUCUGUUGUUGUUACGGUUGAUAAGGUGGAUGAUGUUAGGACUCCUUUGGCAUGUUGUAAAGAACGAAGAUGUGCUGCGGUUCCGGCGAAUAGUCAGUUGUCACCUGCUGAGAUAUGUAUGCCCACGCCUUUUCCAUAUGAGAGCACCAAGGCCGUUCCUUGGAAAUAUGAGAUUACCGCUGUGGAAAAGGUUGUUGAAGGAAGUGCAAAUGUUGAAGUGACAGAAGCUAGAAGUAAUUACAAGGUUGUGGACCAGUUGCAUCAGACACCAUCUAAAAUUUCUAUUUUGUCUUUGCUGUUGAACUCCCAAGCCCAUAGGGAGGCUUUGUUGAAGGUGCUUGCCCAAGCUCAUGUAACGCAAAGCAUAACAGUUGACCAAUUUGCUGGAGUAGUUGCAAACAUCACAGCUUGCAAUACUUUGAGCUUCAGUGGAGAGGAAUUACCUGAGGCUGGACAAAAUCAUAAUCGUGCUCUCUACAUCUCAGUAAAGUGCAAAGAUGAUGCUUUGGCAAGAGUUUUGGUUGAUACCGGAUCUUCUCUGAAUGUUAUGCCAAAGAGAACACUCGCCAAGUUAUCUUAUCUAGGACCAGCUAUGAAGCAUAGUGCCUUGGUCAUGGAUAUUAAUCCAGCGUAUAGUUGCUUGCUGGGACGUCCUUGGAUUCAUGCUGCAGGGGCAGUCGCUUCCACUUUACAUUAA